UGCUUGUAGCUGCGGUGUUUGUUGGAAAUGCGCAGCAUAAAGAAUUACAAAAAUGUGCAGAGCUUGCAAUUUUGAGAUGCCCCUUUUUGUUCCAACGAACCACAUAAACAAAGCAAUCUCAUUCAAAGUUUGCGUAAAAUGAUCGCUUUCUGUUCUGAAUGAGAGUGGAAGAAGAAACAUUCACAUCAGAAUGGGUGGAAACCAAUCAAAUCUCAUUCCAAUGCCUGCGGGCUUUGACUACAUGUCAGUCACAUUCAGGUAUUCUGACAGAAUCAGGGUAAUUUAUGCCACCGAUCAAGAAAUCAACAUCAUUCGGGAUGUGAUCUUGCAACAUUGGAAGAAAGGAAUUCAAAGUGAAGAGGCAAAGCUCGGUUGUGGCUAUGAAUUCAAAGUUCAUGGCAAUCCGUUCUGCGAAUUUUCUUCUGCGGAGCAAGCUAUGGAAUGCAGAAAGUUUACCAAUCAACUCCUUUUUCGCCUUCAUAACCAGGGCCUUAAACUGUUGGCCUCAAGCGAUUUAUCUCAAACAGUCGACCUCGCAAGUUGGCUUUUUCAUCGAGAGCAGACUCAGAUAGCACAGUUUCCAUUUGCCUGUAUUGGCGUAAGCGGUUGGGACAAGCUUCAAUUUAUUGAUUUUCCUCCAGCUUUCAACGACUUUUUUAAGGAUGUUGUUGCGAAAAAUUGGCCCCAAACUAUCCAAGAUGUAAAACUCAAAGGCGAUAUUUUGGAAAUUAAGCUCAAAGGUACCCCUUGGUGUUCUAUGGGGGGUCCAGAAAACAUACAGUCAAAGACCCUGGUGAAAGCCUUGAUCAAUGAGCUCGGGGUGCGCCAGUGGUUUUUAUAUGGAAGCAGCAACCUGAGAGGGAAUGCAGACACUCUGUUCUUCAUGUACGACCCUGCAGCGCCUAGUCUUAGCUUCAGUUUUGUUGGUUUUGUGAUGAGUCUCAACAGAAAUGACAGACUGAGGAUGAUCGAUGCCCCUAAAGAUGCAACCGAUUCCGUCAGAGGCGCAAUCGCACAGUUCUGGUCACGUGGUAUACAGGAAGAAAAACAAAAAUUCAAUGCUUAUGAAUUCAAGUUGAAGGGUACACCAUGGUGGGCUGAUGGAGAACAAGCUGUCGAUACACGAUUUUUGAUGUGCAAGGUAUUUGAAGCAUUGCUGCGCAUUGGAUGGAAAGUCAAGAUUUCCAUUGAUUUAACAAGAAAACUGAAUGACAAGAGUGUGCUUCCUUUUCAGAAAUGCGAGCCAAGCUCUGCUCCUGUUUUUUGUAUUUCUUUGAACUGGACAGAUAAAAUACGCUUUAUCAAUGCACCACCCGAUUUACUUGCUGCUCUGGUAGCAGAGGUAAAGAGAGUUUGGCUGUUUGGUGUUUCGCGAGAAAGGCUUUACGGUGCCAGCACUGAAUUGAAAUUGAAUGAAAACCCAUGGAGUUAUGGAUUCAAAGGCCAUGAUGGAGCCCAUGGGCGUGUCAUGUUGUCCUACCUUUGCAAGUUAUGUGCCAACAUGGGCUGGUACCUUAUUCUCUCUGCCGAUGUUUCUGCAAAAUGGGUACACCAAGACAAAGGUCCGGAUUACCCAAUAGACGUACACAGCUGGUGGUUCAUGUACAUGGGUCAUCCCUCCAUGGCCCCAAUUGCACCUGCCUUUUUACCCCCUCCCCAAUAUGGUAUGGAAGGUCAGCUGCCCACUGCAUUUGGAGCUGGACUACCGCCACCUCCCUACAGUUGAUUCUGAUAAAUCUAAAGAGCAUUUUGUUUUGUAUUAUUUUAUGCACUUCUGAACUAUUAUGAACACUUGAAACUUUUUAAGCGUAAUCAACUUAAAUAAUUUAGAGUAUUUGACUUAUUUUCGAAUAUUGAAUAUAAUAUCUAUUUUAGCUUAGCUAUUUGUAGAAAAACUUACAAUGAAAUAUUGUUAUUAUUAACAUUACUUGAAAAAAUAACAUCCUUUACCAAGCUAGUACUAAUCAGCUCUUCCUUUCUGUUCAGGGCCGUCGCGAGGCAAGCCUUGUUGGGGGGGGGGGGUGUGGACUACAAAUUUACCUGAUUAAAGAAUAAUUACCUGAAAUUCUUAAGUUGCUGUCACGAACCUCUGCAAUACAUUUUGCCAAUCUAACUGUGUGGCAUGUAAUUCACAACAUUCAUUUUACAAUUAUAAUAACGGACUUUCCUAAUGGUUUUGCCAAAUCUGUAUACCGGGACGGGCAACUACCCGAGGCGGCACCAUGGUUGCCGCCGAAGGAGCAUAAAAUUUUCGAAUUUUGAUGCUUCCAGUUUCCUGGAAAAUGCACUCUUUUAAGCAAUUUUACUAAAUCAAUCCUUCUAAUCCUACCAAAAAUUAUUUUAUUUUUGCAAACAAACUGAACAGCAGAUAAAAACAACUAGUACAAUUUGGCCGUGGUCUUGAAAAAUUCCAUGUUGUCAGUUACUUCUAAAGCUAGGUAACAAGCAGCACUGGUUGCCAAUUUAGAUCCCUCUUUCCAUCUUAGCAUGCCUUUUUAGGGGAAAUGACAUAAGACACAAUUUUACCUGAAGGGUGCCUGGAUUUUUAGCUUUUAUGCCAACAAGAAAUCUUCAAAUCUUCAAGUCAUUAAUUUUUUUAACUUCCUUCAUAUCAAGAAGUAUCAUAUUUAGCCAAAAAAGUAACUAUAUUUUCUUGAUCCUUCAUUGAUGUUAAUACAUAAAGGUCGUUGAAAUACCUAAAGCGUUUCUUUCCCUGGGCGGAUUUUACCUGAAAUUUUCUAUCGAGAUACUAUUGGGGGGGGUGUGACACCCCCACACCCCCCCGGUCGCGACGCCCCUGCUUCUGUCCAUCUAUUCCAAAUUUCUAAUGAGAAAAAUAUACACUUCUACUCCUGUUUUUCUCUGGUCAGUUUCCAAUUUGUUAAAUGGGUUAAUUUCAGCAUUUAUCUUUCGCCUGUGUAUGUGUUGCUUGAACAAUAGGACGUUUCGUUUGCAACCCACGACAUGCCAUUCUUAAGCAUUAUGAUACAAACAUUCCCUAUCGAUGGUGAUCUAUAAAGUUUGUAGUGUUGGUCACCCUAAAUCAUCGAAUGAGUCCCAUUUCCUUUGAAUUUGCCUCCUUAAACAGACAAUAAUUUAAUGAGAUCUUCUCGGAUGAGCGGCCCUACCCUAAAACAGAAAUCUCUGUCAUUCAUUCAUAAUUUGAAUGGUGGUGCAGGGCCCGCACCACUGGGGGGGGGGCUGGGGUGGCCAUGUAAAGGUCUUACGCUGUGUUGCGCAGACUUAUGGGAGAGGAUGAGUCAAAAGACACGAGAUCUUGUUGUGUGCUUACAUUUUUGUAAUCGUGCAAAUCCCAAAAGUCCCUAUUUGCAAAAUCUAGUGAUGUAUAUACUAACAGCGUACAAUGGUUUAAUUACAUGAUUGACAUAAUACUAAACGAGGUACAAAUGAAUACGAGACAAAAGACGAUUACUGAAGUGCAAAACCCUGUUCCAGAGCUGGUAAUAACGAUUUUUUUAUAAAAAGCCUAUGGGUUAUAUAAUGAACAAAACAAGCAAAUAUUAAUACUUAUUUUUUGUUAAAGUCCAUGUUAUGUUAUGUUAAAAUUAAAUUCGAUAAACGACAAUUCCAGAAUACACGACAAUUUCUUUGAAAAAUAUCUUGGUUCAAGGAAAUGUUGUAACAGGGAUUAGACUUCCUUGAAAUCCCUUGUCACUUCGAGUAGUCAAUAAAUUGGUUCGAGAGUGAACACAGAAAGCGAGUUUAGCAUAAUUAAUACGUAUGAUAAUUAAUGACAUGUAUUCCUACUACAGCCAUGCCCCUCACUUUUUUGCGAAGCAAGUAGUUUUAAAGCUGCAAUAAACGGGGUAAAAAGCCUAGGCCCCUACAUUUUUAGCCUUGCCCCCCCCCCCACAUUCAAAUUCGUGGUGCGGGCCCUGAAGUAUGGAGGUGAUGACUACAAACCAAAGGACAAAGAGUAGACAUCUAAAAAAGAGUAGAUGUAUUUUCUAUUUGUUGUUGCAGUCUGGAGAAUUGAUUAAACUUAUCAGCGUCCCAUUCGAUAAAACACCUUUUCCCCCAACGCAGGCAGACAUUUAUGUACUGCCCUGACCGCUUAUAGGAGAAUUUACAGUAAUUAAUUCUUUUGCAAUUUGAAUCGAAUGCUUUGUGAAGACACGUGAUGCAAACUUACAUAAUCUUGAGAAACAUUACGUAUGCGGUUGUUUUGUUUAAGACUUUCUUUGUUUAUCCCACUGCUCUGUAAUUAAAAUUCAUGGUAUGAUUAGUAUGCGUAGAAAUUUCUGGAACAUUGAUGGUAAUCUCGCAAGUAUGAUGUAAUCACGGUAGGUAUUUUUGUAAAGUGACGUAAUGAUAAGUAGCAGUAUAAAUAGAGGCUUGUGCCCGUAAAGGGAAAAUUCUUUUCUUAGUAGUGGUUAGAGAGUAGAGUUGUAAUGAUUUGAGUGAUUAUUUCGACGUGGUGAAAUUAAAAAGCUCUAUUUCUUGCUUCGUGGACUGUUCAAGUAGUUGUUGCGUUCGAAGCAAUAUUGAGUUCACGACAUGAUUCAUAAAGUUUUUAGGGAGCAAAUUGUGUUUCAAAAACGAAGAGUUAUUACAGUAUAUUUUCAAUAGCCCUUGCCCUUUGAGUAUCUGGCCGCCAUUUCCAUAUGUUGUGAAAAUCAAAGCGAGUGUCCCUUGAAAAGUCAUCGCUUUUGCCUACCCUACUGUUGCCCAAUCGUUUUAAAGUGUAAAUGUCGAAAGCACGUCGUCAUAAGCUACAAACUCUAAAGCAAGCAAGCUAAAGGUCGUGAGUUUAUCAUUACACUCUUUAUUUUAUAAGAACAAUUUUAUAAGAACAUGAGCCUCAAAACUGGUCAAAAGUUAAGAACAAAUUAAGAACAAGCUGAGGCUGAGCUUCUGCAAAAUGCAAUUUUGAACAACGAGGAUUUUAUCGAUGUGUGGGUGCUUUUUCGGUGAAUAUUCAAUUUUGUCAGCAAAUUAAGGCUGUCUCACAAACUUUGUUGGCAAUGAGGCCUGAACACCUCCUUAGAGCGAAAAAGCUAG